UCGUGGUGUGACUCUCUGGGUUUGCACUGUGAUAAAUUAGCAGGGCAAGGAGGAAGGAAGAGCACUAGGGAAAUUUUAAAGCAAAUACACAUUCCCUUUCACCUUGAUGUGCACUGCUACAUCCUGGCAUGCUCCAGGGUGAAAUAAAAGAAGUGCCUGCAUGUCAGACUGAUGCCUGCUGGCUCCUUUCCCGUGCCUCAUGUUCACAUCACGCAUUUCUGAGUCUUUUGUGCAAUAUGCUCCUGUGCAUAAGUACUGAAGCCCAGGAGCUCAUCUCCUAAAUUGCCGUUCGUGCUGCAUAUAAGAGCAAAAUUCCCACUAGCAGCUCUGGGAGAUGCUGGGUCACAGUCCUUUAAAAUCAUCAUUUAAAGCUGGAAACCCUGUGGAAAGCUAAAAAUGUUGCUUUGAGAAUUAAGCGAUUAGAUCACAUCUCUGUGAUAGAAGGAGUUGGAAAGCAAAAGGUGAUGACAUGGCAGGGCUGAGAGAUGCRAAUUAUUUGUUUAUUCAGUGACUAAUGGGGGAGAGUCAGUACAAAUGUUAAUGUGCUGCAGACURUGAAGGGGUCAACAGCACAGAUUUCAAGGUCUUAAAAGUUUUGGGUUUUUUUGGUUUUUUGGUUUUUUUUUCCCCAAAUUGCUUUUUGGUUUAGAAAGCUCAAUUGAAUAUGCACCAGCCUCUCUACCCCAUUUCCAAAUUGAACCCACUUUUGGAAAAAAUCUAGAACAGAGCCCAUGUUUUCUACAAGGAAUAAAAGAAUCCUUAAAAUCUAUUUUGGUACCAGUUUAUUCUACUCUUAGUCUGUUUUAUAGUUUUUGGUUUCACCUCAUGCCUCUUUUUACUAUUUCAAAUGAUACCUGAUUGCUUUUUCCCAGACCCCUUUGUCUGUUUUGUAAUUUAUUCUGAGCAGGUGCUAGAGGCAGUGAUGUCUGAGGAGUCUGAUMCCAUCCAAGUGUUUGCAGCCCCGUGUGCAGCCUCCUGCCCUGCUCAUCACCAGGGACUGCAGCAGAGCAGCCAGCGGGGUGUGCUGGCCACUGCCAUCCCUGUGCCCCAGAAAUGCAGCAUUUGAGUGCUCCCUGUGAUUCUGAGUCACUGUCACUCCGGGCACAACUCCGAGCGCCGCAUUCCCAGAGUUCAAUAAUGUUUUAGGAGCUGCCAGCUUGGCUGGAGAMAUGGAAAUGUGUCCAGUUUGAAGUGAAGCACAUUUUCAGUGUAUCACUUACACAGUCUCUGUCUCAGCUGCUUUAUCAGUAAAGGGGAAGUUAGAAAAUUAUUUAUGUAGUUUCCUUACAGGAUUUUUAUUCACGAUUAGUUAGUGACUGUUGGCACUGUGACAUGCUAUAAAUACCAGAGGCUUGUACCCRUGUACCAUAUGAUUUUCCACCUCCUGAAUGCAAUUGUUAUUCUUCUGCCACUAUUCAGCCCAAUGAUUUUUAUUUUAUUUACUUCGAUUCUUURUAUUCUAGAUUAUGCUCCACUGGCAAGGGAUCUUGGGAAAGAACUGUGAUGCUUUUGUUCACCAAACAAAACCUGAUUCAUCCCUUUCCUUACAUCACCAUGCAACUCUCCAGCUUCUCAACACAGAGAUUGCUCUGGCUUUCCUUUAGUCUGCUGCCAAUUCACAGAAAGGGAAGAGAAUGGCUGCAAAGGAGAAGUUGGAGGCAGUAUUAAACGUGGCCCUGAGGGUCCCKAGCAUCAUGCUGUUGGAUGUCUUGUACAGAUGGGAUGUCAGCUCAUUCUUCCAGCAGAUCCAAAGAAGUAGCCUGCACAACAACCCUCUCUUCCAGUACAAGUACUUGGCCCUUAAUAUGCAUUAUGUGGGUUACAUCUUAAGUGUUGURCUCCUAACUUUACCAAGGCAACACCUGGUUCAGCUUUACCUGUACUUUUUGACUGCACUGCUGCUUUAUGCUGGGCACCAAAUUUCCAGGGAUUAUGUGAGGAGUGAAUUGGAAUCAGGAUAUGAAGGACCAAUGUACUUGGAGCCUCUCUCUAUGAACCGUUUCAUGACUGCUUUAGUAGGGCAGCUGGUGGUGUGCACGCUCUGCUCCUGCGUCAUGAAGACCAAGCAGAUCUGGCUGUUCUCCGCGCACAUGCUCCCUCUCCUGGCACGGCUCUGCCUCGUCCCGCUCGAGACCAUCGUCAUCAUCAACAAAUUCGCCAUGAUUUUCACCGGCUUGGAAGUUCUCUACUUCCUGGCGUCAAAUCUUCUGGUGCCCUAUAACUUGGCAAAGUCUGCGUACAGAGAGCUUGUCCAGGUGGUGGAGGUGUACGGRCUCCUGGCGUUGGGAAUGUCUCUGUGGAACCAGCUGGUGGUCCCMGUGCUUUUCAUGGUGUUUUGGCUCGUCUUAUUUGCUCUUCAGAUCUAUUCCUAUUUCAGUACACGGGACCAGCCUGCCUCCAGAGAGAGGCUCCUCUUUCUCUUCUUGACCAGUAUUGCCGAAUGCUGUAGCACUCCAUACUCGCUGCUGGGAUUGGUCUUCACUGUCUCUUUUGUUGCUUUGGGAGUUCUGACUCUCUGCAAGUUUUACUUGCAGGGUUACAGAGCGUUCAUGAAUGAUCCYGCUAUGAACAGGGGGAUGACUGAAGGAGUCACACUCCUGAUCCUGGCUGUGCAGACAGGUUUGAUUGAGCUCCAAGUUGUGCAUCGAGCAUUCCUGCUCAGUAUUAUUCUUUUCAUUGUGGUGGCAUCCAUCCUUCAGUCCAUGCUGGAAAUUGCUGAUCCCAUUGUCUUGGCUCUGGGAGCCUCAAGGGACAAGAGCCUGUGGAAGCACUUCCGAGCAGUCAGCCUCUGUCUGUUCUUACUCGUGUUCCCUGCGUACAUGGCCUACAUGAUUUGUCAGUUUUUCCACAUGGAUUUCUGGCUGUUGAUCAUUAUCUCCAGCAGUAUUCUAACCUCUCUUCAGGUGCUUGGGACCCUSUUCAUUUACGUUUUGUUCAUGGUGGAGGAGUUCAGGAAAGAGCCAGUGGAGAACAUGGACGAUGUGAUCUAUUACGUGAACGGCACGUACCGGCUGCUGGAGUUCCUGGUGGCUCUGUGUGUGGUGGCCUAUGGGGUCUCAGAAACCAUCUUUGGAGAGUGGACUGUCAUGGGCUCCGUCAUCAUCUUCAUUCACUCCUACUACAAUGUGUGGCUGCGGGCCCAGCUGGGCUGGAAAAGUUUCCUCCUUCGCAGAGACGCUGUGAAUAAGAUCAAAUCUCUGCCCGUGGCCACGAAGGAGCAGCUGGAGCAGCACAAUGACAUCUGUGCCAUCUGCUACCAGGAUAUGAAAACUGCUGUAAUCACACCAUGUAGCCAUUUUUUUCAUGCGGGUUGUCUUAAGAAAUGGCUGUACGUGCAAGAAACCUGCCCUCUGUGCCACUGCCAACUGAAGAGCCCUUCACAGCUCCCGGGACUGGGACCAGAGCCAGUGCAGCAGCCAAAUCCAAGUGCAGAGCAAAACGCCAGGCCUGGAGACGCAGCYGAGCCUGGUGCUGAAUGUGACCAUAGGCCAAGUGUGAAGGACAGCCCGAGCAGAGGCCACGAUGGACAUGAGAGCCCCGAGGCCUCUGCCCAGCCAGGGGKGUCUCACAGCAUGGACAGUGGCACCAGCCCCUGCAAGGCCAGCCAGGGAGCAGCCUGUGCUGCAGAACUCAUUGCAGCCCCAGCRGGGUACCCUGCUCCAGAUCCCGGGGUUUGUGUCCAGCUCUGAGCCUACAGAGGGUGACACGGGAGCAAACACAUUUCAGAGAUCCACGUUUGACUCAGAAGAAAACCAAUCCUUCCACAGCUGUGAAAGAAGUGUAGCUAUUAAUGCUGGUCAAAAUGUAAUCUCCCAUGCUGAUUUUUAUGGGCUGCUUGGUAGCGGUAACUCCAGUGAGAUGUAGUAGAAAUGACUCCAGAAGCUCUCUGAACUGCGGGCAUAGGAAGGAUGUCUGGGAACAAAUAGCAGUGAAAGAGUGUUUUCAAGACGUAGAUGAGGGGUGAGAGGAGCAGGAGGUCUGUGAAAGGUUGUGGCCAGAAGGACAGGAGGCUGGCUUGGUUUUGGUCAGGGCGAGGAGUUGCAUAGAGCCAUGUCCCAGGGUCCUGAGGGGCAUUACGGGCCGCGAGCUGUUGGUCUCUGACCGACGGGCAGCUUUGGAUGCAGACAUUUUUUAUGGCACGUAAGCAAAAAUCAAAGAUGUAACAGCAGUGAUUGUACCAGGAGAUGGAAGCACUCUUAAUACGUCGUGUGUAUGCUUUGGGUGUUCUUGGGGCAGUUGCAUUUGAAUUCAUGUAAUCUAUAGUGACUCUUGACUUUUAUGACAGAGUCGUCAAUAUUUUGAUGUAUAUGAAACUUUUGCUAAUAAUGGGCACAGUGUGGGCUGCAUGAAGUAGACUAAAGCUCUCAUGAACACUUUGCCUCUGUGAGAGGAAAGUGGGAUGAGUUUUAGGGCACGGAUAGAGGCCUUGCAGGACUGUGCUAUGUAAUGUUUAACCCUUGCAGCUGAAUUAAAACAGUAUUAAACUCUGGCGAUAUUUGCACUUUGGGAAUGAGUACAUUAUUGUGUAUGAUCAGACUCCGCAAAUGCCACUUUUAAAAGCUGUUAAUAGGUUUGCACCUUUUUUUCUUUGACAAGGACAUGUCCAUACUUAAAUUUUUACAUUCAUCAUGGCUUCAAGUAGAACAAGGGACUGGGGUGGGGAAAUAGGUGGGAGUAGGGGGCAGGCAAUUUUUUUAUGUGAAUUUUGAUAUGAAGAGAAAUUAGUCACUUAUUUAUACGAUAGGCUUGACUCAAGUGUUUUUCAAAGUCGGUAUUCCUAAUGUGAAAUGUGAUACUAUUUUAUUUUUAGUAGUAAAUUUGGAUGUAGACUGACAGACAUAGCUGAAUGUCUUAAUAAAUUACAUUUGAAGAUUUUUA